AUGAGCCAAGUUGUAUUGUUGGUGGGUACACACCCCGAGUCCGAGCUGGCUCCAGCUCUUCCUCCAGUCCACUACACACCCCGAGUCCGAGCUGGCUCCAGCUCUUCCUCCAGUCCACUACACACCCCGAGUCCGAGCUGGCUCCAGCUCUUCCGCCAGUCCACUACACACCCCGAGUCCGAGCUGGCUCCAGCUCUUCCUCCAGUCCACUACACACCCCGAUUCCGAGCUGGCUCCAGCUCUUCCUCCAGUCCACUACACACCCCGAGUCCGAGCUGGCUCCAGCUCUUCCUCCAGUCCACUACACACCCCGAGUCCGAGCUGGCUCCAGCUCUUCCUCCAGUCCACUACUCACCCCGAGUCCGAGCUGGCUCCAGCUCUUCCUCCAGUCCACUACUCACCCCGAGUCCGAGCUGGCUCCAGCUCUUCCUCCAGUCCACUACACACCCCGAGUCCGAGCUGGCUCCAGCUCUUCCUCCAGUCCACUACACACCCCGAGUCCGAGCUGGCUCCAGCUCUUCCUCCAGUCCACUACACACCCCGAGUCCGAGCUGGCUCCAGCUCUUCCUCCAGUCCACUACACACCCCGAGUCCGAGCUGGCUCCAGCUCUUCCUCCAGUCCACUACACACCCCGAGUCCGAGCUGGCUCCAGCUCUUCCUCCAGUCCACUACUCACCCCGAGUCCGAGCUGGCUCCAGCUCUUCCUCCAGUCCACUACACACCCCGAGUCCGAGCUGGCUCCAGCUCUUCCUCCAGUCCACUACACACCCCGACAUGCUUCCCAACACCACCAUACUGCCCUGCCGGCCCAGUACACCCUCUCCAACCGCAUUAGUCGCCUGCUGGUGCUAUCGAGGAUGGAGGCGUGGCAGUGUAUCUGCACGGCAGGGAUGGUGGUCUUCAUGAAGAUCUGCUGCCGUGGGCGAGACAAAGUGUGUCGGGCCAUGUUUUCAGGGUCAACAGGAACGCAGGUGAAACACCCCCUCUAUGAAACGCCCCCUCCUGUCCUUCACGACUCCAGGGUGAAACACCCCCUCUAUGAAUCGCCCCCUCCUGUCCUUCACGACUCCAGGGUGAAACACCCCCUCUAUGAAACGCCCCCUCCUGUCCUUCAUGACUCCAGGGGUGAAACACCCCUCUAUGAAACGCCCCCUCCUGUCCUUCACGACUCCAGGGUGAAACACCCCCUCUAUGAAACGCCCCCUCCUGUCCUUCAUGACUCCAGGGUGAAACACAACCACUAUGAAACGCCCCCUCCUGUCCUUCACGACUCCAGGGUGAAACACCCCCUCUAUGAAACGUCCCCUCCUGUCCAUCAUGACUCCAGGGUGAAACACCCCCUCUAUGAAACGUCCCCUCCUGUCCAUCACGACUCCAGGAUAAAACACCCCCUCUAUGAAACGCCCCCUCCUGUCCUUCACGACUCCAGGGUGAAACACCCCCUCUAUGAAACGUCCCCUCCUGUCCUUCAUGACUCCAGGAUAAAACACCCCCUCUAUGAAUCGCCCCCUCCUGUCCUUCACGACUCCAGGGUGAAACACACCCUCUAUGAAACGCCCCCUCCUGUCCAUCAUGACUCCAGGGUGAAACGCCCCCACUAUGAAACGUCCCCUCCUGUCCUUCAUGACUCCAGGAUAAAACACCCCCUCUAUGAAACGCCCCCUCCUGUCCUUCACGACUCCAGGGUAAAACACCCCCUCUAUGAAACGCCCCCUCCUGUCCAUCACGACUCCAGGGUAAAACACCCCCUCUAUGAAACGCCCCCUCCUGUCCAUCAUGACUCCAGGGUGAAACACCCCCUCUAUGAAACGUCCCCUCCUGUCCUUCAUGACUCCAGGGUAAAACACCCCCUCUAUGAAACGCCCCCUCCUGUCCUUCAUGACUCCAGGGGUAAAACACCCCUCUAUGAAACGCCCCCUCCUGUCCUUCAUGGUUCCAGGGUGAAACACCCCCUCUAUGAAACGCCCCCUCCUGUCCAUCACGACUCCAGGGUGAAACACCCCCUCUAUGAAACGCCCCCUCCUGUCCUUCAUGGUUCCAGGGGUGAAACACCCCUCUAUGAAACGUCCCCUCCUGUCCAUCACGACUCCAGGGUAAAACACCCCCUCUAUGAAACGCCCCCUCCUGUCCAUCACGACUCCAGGGUGAAACACCCCCUCUAUGAAACGUCCCCUCCUGUCCUUCAUGACUCCAGGGUAAAACACCCCCUCUAUGAAACGCCCGCUCCUGUCCAUCACGACUCCAGGGUGAAACACACCCUCUAUGAAACGCCCCCUCCUGUCCUUCACGACUCCAGGGUGAAACACCCCCUCUAUGAAACGCCCCCUCCUGUCCUUCAUGACUCCAGGAUAAAACACCCCCUCUAUGAAACGCCCCCUCCUGUCCUUCAUGACUCCAGGGUAAAACACCCCCUCUAUGAAACGCCCCCUCCUGUCCAUCACGACUCCAGGGUGAAACACCCCCUCUAUGAAACGCCCCCUCCUGUCCUUCAUGGUUCCAGGGUAAAACACCCCCUCUAUGAAACGCCCCCUCCUGUCCAUCACGACUCCAGGGUGAAACACCCCCUCUAUGAAACGCCCCCUCCUGUCCUUCAUGGUUCCAGGGUAAAACGCCCCCUUAAAACCCCCUGA